CUGUCUGUUUCAUAAGCCUUUUGCCUCUGAAAGUCUCCGGUUUACGAUUAAAUGCGUGCGGUCGAGACUGCGGAGUUAGCUUUUCAGCCACUUGCGGGAUAUACACAUAUAGCCUAUAUUGAGAAGCUAUUUGCCUAUAUUUGAGCACAAUCAUCACACGUCGGUUUCGUGCCUCUCGUCAAAACACUUUCCAUUUUGAUUCGACUACCAUGACUGGAUUGAGAUAUGACCCCGAAUACCUCAAAGCUCUUGGGCCGGUGACGAAGGGACCAAAGUCCGAGCCCUCCAAAUCCGUUCUCGAGAUCAGGAAGAAUACUGAAGAUGUCAUCCGCCGGGUCGUUACGAAUUCACCAUAUCCCGAUGGUGUGAAAGAGACUGUGUAUAAAGUCAAAAGCUAUGAUGGAUUCGAGAUUGAAGUCACCCGCUUUGCUUCCGAGGAGACGUUGGCUUCGGACAAGCCUACGCCCGCUGUGAUGUACUUCCACGGCGGAGGUUAUGUCGCUUGUUAUGUGCAGCUAUUCGCGCCUCAAAUCGCCCGUUUCGCGAACGACUCAAAGCUUCCAUACUUCGCGGUGUCUUACCGGCUGGCGCCGGAACAUCCUGCUCCUGCUGGUGUCGAAGACGCGUAUGCGGCUCUUCAAUUUGUGUCAAAGGCUGCGGCGGAGCUCAACAUCGACCCUACGAAGAUCGCUUUACACGGUGACAGCGCAGGUGGAGGACUCGCCGCGGGUCUCGCUUUGAUGGCCAGAGAUCGCCAAUUUAACCCUCCACUUGCGAAACAACUGCUUGUCUAUCCCAUGCUUGACGAUCGCGACCACAUUGAGAAAGAUGAUCCCAUCCUCGAUCUUAUGGUUUGGAAACCUGACGGCGCAAAACUUGCAUGGGACGUGUACGCCUCCAAGGUUCGAGAGAAUGAUGAUCCGCAAGCUCUAUCUUACGCGAUACCAGCUCGGGCUGCAACGCUGCGGGGUCUGCCCUCCACCUAUAUCGACGUGGGAUGUCUCGAUCUGUUCAGAGAUGAGAAUCUGGAGUAUGCAAAGAGAUUGGCUAAUGAGCAUGUUGAGGUUGAGUUCCAUCUUUGGCCGGGGCUGCCUCAUGGGUUUGAUGGGAUGAGGGAUAUCAGCUGGUUUGCGAGGUGCCAGGAGAGUCGCAUAAGUGCCCUGAAAAGGAUGUAAUGGUCAGUUGAUUCAAAAGUCAGAACGUUUGCUGGUCAAUGGUUACCAUUAGAUAGUCGUUUUGCGUGGCGCGAACUGUCACAAAUGGAAUAUCGAAGAGCAUAAAUCCAAUAUCAAACCACUGUAGUAGACAAUUGACAUCUGGGGUAGCAUUCUUGAGAUCGCAAUAGCCACACCUGGGGGUAUCAGGCCAUUGCACAACAUAAUGAAGGAUGCAAGGCUUGGUAAC